AUGAAGUGCCUCAUCGUUCUGCUAUUUGCCGCUCUUAAUCUCCCGCUUGUGUUUGCUGCGUGGGGAUAUACAGAUAAUGGCAGUGCUUAUGUGGUUGGCAUGAACUUCUACAUCUUUCUGAUCUUGGAUUCGGUACUGACUCUUGCAAGAUACCGGUGCAUCACUCGUUUUUAGCAUCGAUACAACAAAUGGGGAUCUUAGUUCUAUCAAAUAUAAGGGGAAGGUGAGUUUCCUUCGUCCUACGAAGGGGCCGCUCUGAUAUUUAUUAUCAGGAGUACAAUGGAUAUAACCGCAAGAACUCUCACAUCCAGAGUGGUUUCGGAAAGUCUGAUGUGAAGAUCCAGCAAUUCACAAGUAAGUAACGAUGAACAUGCAUGGUUUCCCGCCGCUAACGUCUUCAGCUCCUGCGAAUAUCAUCAAGGUCACCGUCACCUACGGCACAAUCAUUCAAACAUACAUUGCUAGAUAUGGCAACAAUAAUAUCUAUAUGCUUACCCGAAAGGGAGAUAAUACGGUAAGGCUCCUCGUCAGUAAGAAUUAGAAGAGCUUUACCAAUGAAUAUAGGUCCCUGCUCUGCGAUACAUCGUCCGAAUGAUCGCGAACCAGUUCGAUAAAUCCACCAAUGAUGCAGAUUAUCAAGAUACACCAGAGACACCAGUUGAAGCUCAGGACAUUACUCGCAACUCAGCUACCACUUUCACGAAGUCCAAGCACUAUUCAGGAGCCGCAGACGGACGGUAAGCAACCUUCGUACCACAAACUCCAGAUUUCAGCUCAUGAUAUGGCAGAACAAUGGACUAUGACUAUGUCGGAAGGACAAGCUCAAGCGUUGGAAUGUUUUUGAUUCGCUCUAACCACGAGAAGGCAUCUGGUGGACCAUUUUUCAGGUCUUUACUUCGACGGGCUACAACUGCAGAGGAGGACUUAUACGAGAUUUUGUACUACAAUAUGGGCACAACCGACCCAGAGAGAUUUGGACUCCAGGGACCUUACCUCUUGUCUUUCACCGAUGGAGGCGCUCCUAGCACCAAUCUCUUCGCAAGAAGAGCUGAAGUAGAAAUCUUCUGGAAUUGUUGUUUAGCACAAUACUGACGAGUUCCACCUUUAGUACAGCUGGAUGGAUAAUCUAGGAAUAACCGAUUGGGUUCCUGCUUCAGGACGUGGAUACGUUAGUGGUGUCGGAAUCUCAAAUAUGAAAUCUGGACAUACCUACGUCGCCGGUCUAUCAAACGCCAACGCUCAAUACUGGGGUACUGCGGCUGCCUCGGGUGGAGCAUACAGAAUCAAUGGUGUCCUUCCAGGAACUUACACAUUGAGGAUCUACAGAGACGAAAUCGAAGUUUCCACCCGCAGUGUCGAUGUCAAAGCCGGAGCUGGAACAGCAGUAAACACAAUCACCCCCUCCGAUCCUAGUGACACCACCGCCAUCUGGAAAAUUGGAGGAUGGGAUGGAACCCCAGCAGGCUUUACAAACUUCGAUACGACGCCUAUGAAGCCUACUUACAUGCAUCCAUCAGAUGGCCGUCUUGCCUCAUGGAACCCACCUAAUUACAUUGUUGGUACUAGUAAUGCUGCUAGUGCAAUGCCUGGUUACAUGUGGGUUGAUGUAAACAACGAUCAACUCAUCUACUUCAAGCUCCCAGCAGCUCAAACCGCCACUUCGCACAAAGUAAGAAUUGGCAUCACCGAAGCCUUUGCUGGUGGUACACCAAAGAUCUCAAUCAACGGUGUAAGAUAUCCCUCUUCUAUGCUUCAUCGCCAGAAAACUGGUACUAAAAGUUUCUAGUGGACAAGUCCCAACCCAGCCGCCAGCAGCCAAGCUAGCACAAGAAGUCUGACUGUAGGAACAUACCGAGGAACAAACCAUAUGUUCACCGUGAGUACAACUUUCCCCAUAUUCUGUCUUUCGUGCUAAUUGGGAAACUAGUACGAUGUACCAGCAUCUGCUUUCUUGGCUGCCGGUGAGUAUAACAUUAUGAAGAUCACUAUCAUCAGUGGAAGUUCCGGUGUCACUUAUUUAAGUCCCGGUGUUUCACUUGAUGCUAUUGACUUCCUAUGA